AUGAUUCCCCAGCUGGCCCACCAUCCACGAUAUCUUUCCGAGCAACGGUUGGGCGGACCCGACUUCACGAUCCCGCCUUUUCAGACCCGCGCACUUCCUCCCCCAAGUCAGCGAAGACUCGAGACUCCUGCGCCUCUGCCAAUCCGGAGCCUGCGAGAAUCUAUCUCUCCUGCGAUUUCUACGCCUUCCCCGCGCACGUAUGCUCUUGAUAGCUACGUACCCCGCCGAGCAGGGCUGGCUCGGGAAAGCUCUUCUGAGCGGGCGUUUCGUUCUCCAUACAAUGACCCGUCAGAGCACAUGCUUCGCCGGAAGACACCAAAUGGCACUCUAGCAGCAGGGUACGACGGCACUCCAGUACAAUGGUCCAGCAAAGCGCCCGCGUUAAAACACGUUGUACUGCCUUUAUCAGCGGCCCCGUCCGGUCGUAGCCACGCGUAUCCUCCAGCAAGCAACGACCAGUAUCAACGCAUCCCCCCCCCAGUUCCUAGCUGGAGCAAUGAGAUCGCACACGUACGCUAUAGGGGACUAAGUCUCCAGGGAGAGCAGAGUGGCAACAGAGACCAUGGACACCGUGCAGGUUACUCUGUGGAGCCUGUAAAUGUUCACGAUGGUUGGGACAAUAUCAGGAUGCCUCCAAAUCAUACAUACUAUUCGGGGAAUACCACUCGAGUUCCAACUGUCCUUCAACCAGCUUACCAGGCGUCACCUGGGCCAACAGCAUCCAACGACGGUGGACUCUACGGACCCUACUGGCCAGAUGGAAGGUUCGUUCCCUACCGCCCAGCGGCUUUUCAGGGCCAAGGUGGACACAACCAAGAAUCAUACUCACGUAGCGGUUUCCACGAUACUGGACACUCAUUAGAACCUUUCUCACCCACCCGUUCCAUGCCUUCAAACACCGACACCAACCACAGGGCAAGUGGCACACCUUACUCAAACCACUCUAAUUUUCACAAGGUACCUUUGGAUACGCGACAUGAUGUUCAUAGCCAUUUCUCGAUCGACUCUGCCUUUUAUGCAUCGAUGGGCGAAGGAUGCAGGACCCCGAGCGCAGAGUCAUCAAAUAGAGCCAGUAGCCAUCGGUUUCGAGAGAAGACUCUUUCCUGGGCACACACCAUAUAUGUUGAGCUUCUAGCUUUCCUUCAUCAAUCAAAGAAGGAGGCAAAACUAUUAAACCCUUCGCAAGGCCCCAAGCCAUAUUCAAAGACAAGCAUUUAUCCAAAGCCACCAAGACAGCCUGCACCGUAUCCAGGUGUCUCACAUUGGGCACGGCUCAGUUCGAAAGUUGGGGAAUACAAUAAUGUGCGUAGUGAUCUGAGCAGCGGUCUGAGGGCACCCCAAGCUGCACCGUCGAUACAAAAUUACGAUGUGUGGCAGAAUACAGAACUCAGAGAUCCACUGAAACAACCAAGUCCUCACGAUCCAUAUGCAUCUCAUGUACAAAUACCCCAAUAUCCUAGAGUUUCUCCGGCUGCCAAGGCCAAGGAGGCCCUGGAACUUCUUACGAAUCUGUGUGAGCAAAGUGGUUGGAACUGGAUUGAUGGCAUGCUUCUUGGUGGCUGUUUAGCAUAUGGGCUGGAGGAAUAUGAAAACGCUUUAGACUGGUACUCAAAAAUCAUUGCUCUUGACUCCAAGCACGUGGAAGCGAUCUCAAAUCUUGCAGCUACUCUACUUUGCUUGAAUAGACGCAAAGAAGCCGAAGAGCAUUGGCUUCAAUCCGUCAGACUUCGUCCGAGCUAUUUUGAGGCGGUCGAACAUUUAAUUGGCCUCCUCUGUGGAAAUAACCGCGGCGAAGAAGCGGUUAACAUCAUUGACUUCGUUCAGAGAUCGCUCAGGCUGCCAAAGCCCGAUGAUGCACAUGACCAAGCUAGCGAAACCUCGAGUAAUACGGAUCGAGAGUCUUUUGAAUUCAUAGAUACAUCAUCGGAAAGUAUUGCUCUUGACUAUGAGCGUGACUGUGAGAGCUUGUUCUAUUCCCCUUUUGUCCGGAAUGAUGAGGACCAUUCCGUCGAACCAGGUUUCGGAUCCAGUGGUUUCUCUGUACCAGGCUCGGAAAAUGGCAGAAUCCUUGCCUUGGUUCACGCAAAAGGCAACAUGUUAUACGCACUGGGAGAUAUAGGAGCCGCGUCCCGCGCCUUCGAAGAUGCCGUACUUAUCAGCGCAGGCCAAACAUAUGUGGGAAUACAAGGUCUUAUCCGUCAAAUUGUGAACGUGCUUUCGAGAGAAGGCUCCAUUGGUACAGCAUUCGCCUUGAGAAAUCCUACGGUAGUGGAUACACCACUUCCGUUAUUGCUGCCGCCUGACCAAGCUCUUCAGACCGCAAGACUAGUUUUCACCAACAAUGGAGAACUCCCAGGACUUCGUUUCGUUCCAGGAGGGCUAGCUAAAAAGGCUGCCAUAUCUACUACCAGCAACUCUCUUCUGUCACUUGCCAAGAUAUUUCAAGACGCCAUGUCAAGUAGCAAUUCUUCUCAAAGGAUCGCACGAAUGCCAUCGGGCGUUGGUGAUAUUCUAGCACUCUAUUACUUGUCACUCUCGCUGCAACCAAGUCCUUCGACGGCCAACAAUGUAGGGAUUCUUCUCGCGGGCGUGCAGCAACCUGCAAAUCUCCGAGGGUAUGCGCAGAGAGAUACCGCAGCCCUCCCAGCCCUACCAGGAAUUGUUCCUGGCAGCGGUGUUGCUUUGGCGCUUGCUUACUACAACUACGGCUUGAAUCUGGACAAUCGACACGCCCAUAUAUAUACGAACCUAGGCAGUCUUUUCAAGGAUAUUGGACAUCUUGGUUCUGCUAUUAGCAUGUACGAAAAGGCAGUUGCUUGCGAUAGUUCAUUCGAUAUCGCGCUGGCCAAUCUAGCAAACGCCGUGAAGGACCAAGGCAGAACAAGUGAUGCAAUUGAAUACUACCGUCGAGCUGUUGCGGCAAGUCCAGACUUCGCAGAAGCAGUAUGUGGUCUUGCAAACGCUCUAAAUUCUGUAUGUGAUUGGGCUGGACGUGGUGGUGUGGUUUUGGACCAUGGAAAGCAGGAUCGCUGGCAUGUCGAUGAAAAAGGAAUGCUUGCCGAGUCAAAAAUGAAUGCUCUCGGUGGUGGUUGGAUGAAGUCGGUUGUUGAUAUAGUAGCAAAACAGCUCAAGGAUGGCUCAACGUGGGGCCGUGGCACACUUCAAGGUCAGGUCUUUGAACAACUCUUCCGGCAGUUGGAAAUAGCAGAUACGGGAAGCCUCUGGCUCCCGGAAAAGAGGGCAAACAUGCAAAACACUCUCGGAAAAUGGGCUGGCUGUGAAUGGGAGGGGUCCCGUAUUGUGCGGCUGAUUGAAAGAUCCACGAAAAGAGCAAUGCAUCGAUGGUACCAAGAUAAGUACGUCAAGAAGAAUAUUCUUCCGGCAUCUUACUAUCCUCGCGCUCUUGUCCCGGCCAGUCUGUCUGUUCCUACUGCACCAACAGUUCUACCCUUCCACACGUUUACUUGUCCGCUGUCAGCCAAGGAUAUACGAAUGAUCUCGCAACGAAACGCUUUAAGGAUAUCAUGCUCGACUUUGCGAGCGCCUUGGAUGCCCACGUCGGUCUUUCCGCCGCCGCCACCUCCCUCGCCUUGUUUAAACAUUGGCUAUAUUUCGUCCGACUUCAAUAACCACCCUUUGGCCCAUUUAAUGCAGUCUGUUUUCGGAUUUCAUGAUACAUUGCGUGCUAAAGCAUUUUGCUAUGCGACUACGGCAAGCGAUAGCUCAAUACACAGGCACCAAAUUGAGCGUGAAGCUCCUGUCUUUUACGACGCGAGCUCAUGGCCGGUGGAUCGCUUAGUACAGCAAAUCGUGAAGGACGAAAUACAUAUACUCGUGAACUUGAAUGGAUAUACAAGGGGAGCUCGAAAUGAAGUAUUUGCGGCACGUCCUGCUCCAAUUCAAAUGUCGUUCAUGGGAUUUGCAGGCACACUCGGCGCUGAAUGGUGCGAUUAUAUAUUGGCUGAUGAGAUGGCGGUGCCUCCCGAGACGUUACGUCCGUGGAGACGAAACCUAGAUCUCGAGGACCAGUUGCUCGAUCAUCAAUCUCAGCAGGAUGAAAAUUGGGUGUAUUCGGAGAACAUAAUAUUCUGUCGGGAUACCUUUUUCUGCUGCGACCACGCUCAGUCAGAACCUCCGGGGCAGCGGCUCACAUGGGAAGAAGAACAAAGCAAAAGGUGGCAAAUGCGAAAGGAGCUGUUUCCGAGUUUACCAGACAACACUAUUAUACUUGGAAAUUUUAACCAGUUAUACAAAAUUGAACCAACAACAUUUCGGAGCUGGCUCAGAAUUUUGGAUCAAGUUCCGAACGCAGUUCUAUGGCUUCUGCGCUUCCCUGACUUGGGCGAAGUUAAUCUGAGACGUACCGCGGAGGCCUGGGCUGGAGAAAGUGUCGCAUCUCGUAUCAUGUUCACCAAUGUGGCGCCAAAAAAUUUGCACAUAUCCCGUGCACGAAUAUGUGAUCUUUUUUUGGAUACUCCGGAGUGCAAUGCGCACACAACAGCCGCCGACGUCCUGUGGUCAAGCACGCCGCUUCUCACUCUGCCGCGGUACAAGUACAAGAUGUGUUCACGUAUGGCUGCAUCCAUUUUGACAGGGGCACUCCCGCGUGGUGAGGAGGGGCGACGGGCAGCGGAAGAGCUUAUUGCGAAAGAUGAUGAUCAAUAUGAGGAAUUUGCUACGAAACUAGCGGGGAGUCUGGAUUAUCAACUAUUACCUUCUGGGGAAUAUAGAGGCGUUGGUAGACUUGCGCAACUCCGAAGACUGCUAUUCGAUAGCCGAUGGAGUUGUGCUCUGUUCGACACCAAAAGAUGGGUCAGAGACCUGGAGUCCGCUUACGAGGAAGCCUGGCGAAAAUGGGUCUCAAAUGAAGGUGGCGAUAUCUACCUAUAG